GUACUGCGCAUGCUCCGUGCUCUGGGCCGGCCCCGGAACGGUUGUGCGGAAGGCUGCGAGCUGCGGCCGGAGCCGAUUAACACGGGACGCCGAGUCCGUCGGCGAAACGCUCCCCGCCCCCCCCACCCCUCCCUUUCCAGGCCGCGGUACCCAACGGCGGCGCAGCGCAGGGCGCGCGAUGUCGGGCUUCAGCCCCGAGCUGAUCGAUUACCUGGAGGGGAAAAUCUCCUUCGAGGAGUUCGAGAGGCGCCGCGAGGAGCGCAAGAGCCGCGAGAGGAAGGAUGGAGAAAGUGUACCUACUGAGGACAAUACAGAUGACCCAGAUGCUCCAUCUACAUCUGGAAAAGGAUCUGGUAAAUCCAGGGCCCACAGUGAAACAGAAGGAGAAACAACAGAUGGGGUCAGUAAAUCUGUCCACCGGGUCUUUGCUUCCAUGCUUGGGGAAAAUGAAGAUGAGGAGGAGGAAGAAGAGGAGGAGGAAGAUGAAGAGGAAGAUGAAGAAACCUCUGAGCAACCGACCGCGGGAGAUGUUUUUGUAUUGGAGAUGGUGCUUAAUCGAGAAAACAAGAAAAUGAUGAAAGAGAAGAGGCCUCGCAGUAAACUUCCUCGAGCCCUGAGAGGCCUCAUGGGAGAAGCUAACAUUAGGUUUGCCCGAGGGGAACAUGAAGAAGCUAUACUUAUGUGCAUGGAAAUCAUAAGACAAGCUCCUCUUGCUUAUGAGCCAUUUUCUACUCUUGCCAUGAUCUAUGAAGACCAAGGUGAUAUGGAAAAGUCAUUGCAAUUUGAGUUGAUUGCAGCCCAUUUAAACCCUAGUGACACUGAGGAGUGGGUUAGACUGGCAGAAAUGUCUCUAGAACAGGACAAUAUUAAACAGGCCAUAUUUUGCUAUUCAAAAGCUUUGAAGUAUGACCCUACUAAUGUGCGUUAUCUGUGGGAGAGAUCAAGCUUGUAUGAGCAGAUGGGGGACCAUAAAAUGGCAAUGGAUGGCUAUAGACGUAUCUUAAAUCUUCUGUCCCCUUUUGAUGGAGAACGCUUUAUGCAGUUGGCCAGGGACAUGGCGAAGAGUUACUAUGAAGCCAAUGAUGUCACAUCUGCAAUUGAAAUAAUGGAAGAAGCCUUUACUAAACAUCAGAGCCUCAUUACCAUGGAAGAUAUUAAUAUAGCAGCUGAAUUGUAUAUCUCCAACAAACAGUAUGACAAAGCUAUGGCGGUUAUUACAGAUUUUUCAGGAAUUGUAGUUUCAAAAAAAGGGACUGAAGAAGGCACUUCUGAGGAGAAAAAAGAUGUUGUGGCUGUUGUAGAGAUUCAGGAGAGUCAAGUGGCGGUGAUUGACUACCAAGAUUUUCCAGCUGAAUCCAGCACUGUUUCUGAGAAUGUUAGCUGUUCUAUACCUGAUGGAGUUCCAAUAGACAUCACAGUAAAACUAAUGGUGUGCUUGGUUCACCUGAACAUCCUAGAGCCUCUCAAUUCCCUUUUGACCACUCUAGUGGAGCAAAAUCCAGAGGAUAUGGGGGACUUGUACCUGGAUGUUGCAGAGGCUUUUCUGGAUGUUGGAGAAUACAAUUCAGCACUACCACUCUUGAGUGCCCUAGUUUGUUCUGAAAGAUACAACUUGGCUGUAGUUUGGCUCCGGCAUGCAGAGUGCCUAAAAGCCUUGGGAUACAUGGAGCGUGCUGCAGAGAGUUAUGCCAAAGUCGUUGAUCUUGCCCCACUGCAUUUGGAUGCAAGAAUUUCACUUUCUACACUUCAGCAACAACUGGGCCAGCCUGAGAGAGCUCUGGAGGCUUUGGAACCAAUGUAUGAUCCAGACACACUGGCACAAGAUGCUAAUGCUGCCCAGCAGGAAUUAAAGUUACUGCUCCAUCGUUCAACGCUGUUGUAUUCUCAAGGCAAAAUGUAUGGCUAUGUGGACACUUUGCUUACUAUGCUAGCAAUGCUAUUAAAGGUAGCAAUGAACAGAGCUCAGGUGUGUUUGAUAUCUAGCUCCAAAUCUGGGGAGAGACAUCUUUACCUCAUUAAGGUGUCUAGGGAUAAAAUCUCCGAUAAUGAUGACCAAGAGACCGCAAACUGUGAUGCAAAAGCAAUAUUUGCUGUGCUCACGAGUGUUCUGACGAAAGAUGACUGGUGGAACCUCCUUCUGAAAGCUAUAUACUCUUUGUGUGACCUUUCCCGCUAUGAGGAGGCCGAGCUGCUGGUGGAUUCCUCAUUAGAAUAUUACUCAUUUUACGAUGACAGGCAAAAGCGCAAAGAGCUGGAAUACUUCGGUCUUUCAGCUGCAAUUCUGGACAAGAACUUCAGAAAAGCUUACAACUAUAUCAGGAUAAUGGUAAUGGAGAAUGUUAAUAAACCACAGCUCUGGAACAUCUUCAAUCAAAUCACCAUGCAUUCUCAGGAUGUACGACAUCAUCGCUUUUGUCUUAGGUUAAUGCUGAAAAAUCCUGAUAAUCAUGCACUGUGUGUCCUAAAUGGGCACAAUGCAUUUGUAUCUGGCAGUUUCAAGCAUGCUCUUGGACAAUAUGUGCAAGCCUUCCGUAUUAACCCAAAUGAACCUCUGUACAGCCUUUGUAUAGGCUUAACUUUCAUCCACAUGGCCUCUCAGAAGUAUGUGUUAAAAAGGCAUGCUCUUCUGGUACAGGGUUUCUCUUUCCUUCACCGGUACCUUGACCUCCGUGGACCAUGCCAAGAAUCUUUCUAUAACCUAGGUCGUGGCCUUCAUCAACUGGGACUAUUGCAUUUGGCCAUUCAUUAUUACCGAAAGGCACUUGAGCUUCCCCCUCUCAUCCUAGAGGGAAUAGAAGCUGACCAGACAGACUUGCGAAGAGAUGUUGCCUUCAAUUUGUCCCUAAUUUAUCAGAGUAGUGGAAAUUUAAGAAUGGCUCAAAAGCUAUUGUAUACAUAUGGAAUUGUAUGAUGGACUUUGUGGCACCUGUUUAUGACUAAGAGCCUGCUAGGAAAAUUCUAUUUGUCAUUUCCUUUGUAACAUUGAGACUCUCAUGCGUUACACGUCAAUGGAGAGAUCUGUUAAAGAUAUGUACAUAUAUUUUUCUAAGCUGAUCCAGCUGGGAUUGGAUCAAUGUUGUAACAAUUACUGUAUAUAGUUUGCUGCCUGAACUUUUCAGCUGGGUUUUUUUUUUUUCCCCUAUUUCCUGGAAGAGCAAAAUGCAACAAGAAGGCUUCUGUGUGCAGAUUCUCCAGAUAUACUUGGAUGUUGUUUCAGCACAUUAUUGAUACAUUUUUGUGAAGCUUCAGGUUGGUGCUGGUAUGCAGAAUUUUCAACUGAAUAAAGGACUAAAAAUGACACAUUUGAAAUUUUAAAGUAGUAUUUAACUGGUUUCUGAUACAAUUCCAUUCUGGUGCUAGAUUAUAUUUGCCAUGUAUUGUAUAAAAAAAGAAAAUGGUUACUUACUGCUUACGACUGUUAUUUGAGAUGUGUUGCUUUUGUCCAUUCCAUGUAGGUGUGACCACAGUUGCCAAACGUGGGUAAAACCUGUCCCGCCCCCUCUGAAAUGGUGGACCAUGGGGUCUGUGAAAAGCGUCUUACCCCAGGAGCCCAAGUGAAAUGUGGAGACAGCAGCUAGGUGAACAUUGAUGGAAGAGGAUGACAGCCCCUGGAUCCUGCGGUCAAAGAGGUAGUCCAGGACCAAUAGGACUGGAGUGUCCAUGGGACACAUGCCUUGCUGAGCAGCCUAGAUAGAAAAAUGCUUCCCUUUGGCUAGGUAAGUGGAGGGCUUUCUAUUCUCUAGUAAGAGCUCCUGCAGUUGUUCCAAGCACUGCAGCUCCAGAGCUGUCACCCAUGGAGCUUCCACGCUAUGAGAUGCGGGGACUGUAGGUUUGGAUAGCGGAACCUGCUGAAAUCCUGCAUUAUCACCUCCAGGUACGGGGAAGGGCCAUUGGCCUCUCGCUGGAGAGGAUGAUCAUUGAUGUGAACCAAUGCUGCCUCAGCCAUGCCAGCACUAUGAGGCUGAAGGAAGCUCUGAACUCUCAUACCCUCAGGAUCACCUUGUGUACCAGAGGAAAUGGGGGUAAUAUGUAAAGCACUGGAACGGCAUUCCACAGUGCCCCAUGGAGAAGCAGACCCAGGGACUCCUUUCUGUUCUGGUGAGUCUCAAAGAGGUCCAGUUGGGGAAAUCCCCACCUGUGGAAGAUGUGGAGGGCAACGUCCACCCUGAGGGACCACUCGUGGCUCGCAAAGGACAUGCUGAACUGGUCCAUGAGGGUGUUCUGGGUCCUGGAAAAGGAGGAGGCUAUUGUUUAAAUACUCUCUCUGAAACUGAUCCCAGAACCAAAGGGCUUCAAAAUACAAGGGAGGAGAACGAACACUACCCUGAUUGUUUUUGUAGAAAAAUGCUGUCGUAUUGGUGGAAGAGAAGAGACUUGCCCCUGAGGAGGGGGAGGAACAGCUGACCUGUGAGAUGGGCUGUUCAUAACUCCCGGAUGUUUGUGUGUAGGGAGAGUUCCUCCUGGGACCACUUACCUUGCAUCCUCAUGUCCCCAAUAUGGGCUCUCCAUGUAGUGUCGGAUGCAUCUGUUGCUAGCUUGACUGAUGGCAGUGCUGGGAAAAUGGGAUUCCCGUGCAGACCGCUUCCUCCUGGAGCCACCAGUCCAAGGAGCAUAGGAUGCUGGGAGGAACAGUCACCACCCUGUACCAUGGGUGGGAGGACAGGAUGUACACCCAAGCCAGCCACAGCUAUAAUGGUAAUGGGCUCAGGGUUGGGGCAUGUGGAGGGUGCAGGAGUGUUAUGAUGCUGUGGAAAGAUGGGGGCUGGGCCCCAAUUGGGGCCUUGUUGGCCAGACUUCAUUUUUAAAUAAAGUAAA